GAUAUAAAACUUUUCAUCGGUAUUAUGAUUCUGUCCAUCAAAUCGGUCGUUGCACCUAUGUCUCUCACCCCCAGGCGUGACAAGUUGGAAGGAAUCGAUUAAUGUCUAAUUAAUAGGGUUGCGGCUGUUUCAACGCCGACACCAGAGUGAACGGAAAGGAGAAAGCUUAAUUACCGACUUUAAUUAACUUUUAUCGAUUGCAAGUGAAGUUGGAAAAAGAAGUGCGCAAUUUCGAGAAGUUCGUAAUGUAAUUUGUCGGAACAGAAGUGAAGAAUUUCAUUGUGCAGAUGCACUGCCUUCUUUCACCGAAAAUUACCGGUUCUUUGAGUGUUCUGAUAAAUUGUUGAUCGGAUUGAUCCGAAAAAAUGCACCGCUUCCGCAUUUUUUAAUGAUUUAAUGUCUCCCAAAGGGUCACGAUCGUGCAAUAAUGAUCCUGCGUUUUUUCAAAGGUAAAUAAUUGAUAAUAUUUUGAAAGCACUGGAAAAUUAUUGCACGCUCAUAAAACUUGUGAGUCGUGAAAUAAUGAUACCUAAAAUGCAAAAACGAUAUAUUAUUCCGGGUCAAUACAUCCACAAUUUGUCAGAAAACUCAAAAAACCGGUAAUUGAGCUAUUGUUGAUCUUCUCGUUUUUCAUAUUUUUUGUACCUUUCAAACAAAACUCAAGUGGUGGAGGUGCUGAAACAUCCAGUUCCUCCCUGAGUGUUGCGCUGGCGUGGAUCGAUGGUAUCGUAAGGGUUGGACCGUCGGUUUUUCCCCCAGUGAGUCUCAGAUGGCAUCGAGUCCCCGCGAAAAACCUAAAAAAAACCCCAAGACAUCUGCGAGGUGAUGCGCGGCAUUUCACGCAGACUGCUGUAUCUCCUGUUCCUGGUGAUAUUCCUCCUGUUGGGAACGAGAUUGCUGACCAGCAGAAGCCUCCUGGUACCCCCUGACACUGAUUUAUCUGUCAUUACGCAGCGUCGAGGUGAAAAUGCCAGGAUAGCGCCUGCGUAUGCACCUGGGGUUUACAUGGCGGGUCGUCGGCCCGCCAAUUCAACUUUCUGCAAUUGGAAUUAUGGAUUGCCCAGGAUCCUCAGGUACACUGCAAGCAAAAUCACCCGGAGUCCUCAGAACACUGAUCGUAGUCCAUAUCGGGUGCUUCCAUUUAUUAUUAGAGGAGGAACGAGUGAGAGUAAUGAAAUUCCAGUAAAGCUGACGUUGUGCACUCAUGCAACAGCUGAUCAAGUUUAUAACGUCGUGGAGAUCGUCAGGAGAUGGGAAGGGCACGUCAGUCUAUCUAUUUUUACACCGGGACUCGAUGCUGGACUCGCUCUUGAUCUCAUCGAGAGGGCUUGCACGUGCGAACCCCAAAUGUUCAAGGUAUCCGUCCACCUGAUAUUUCCAGCAGGUCGUCCCCCAGCCUUGACUCAUAUCUACCGUCCAGAGGGUGACUGUGCAGCAUCAGACCUCCAAUGGAGGGACUCCGACACCGAGAGAAAACAACGAGGAAUGAUUUAUCCGAUAAACGUCGCCAGGAACGUCGCCAGGAACCUUGCCCCAACCUCUCGGGUUCUCGUAUCAGACAUUGAACUCCUUCCUAGUGAUAAACUGGCGUCUGGAUUCCUCGAGAUGAUCCAUGGAAGACCCCCUAGGUUCGGCCUAGUCUUCGUGGUUCCUGUUUUCGAGAUUGAGGAGAACGAACGGCCACCAAAAACCAAACGGGAAUUGAUGGACGCCCUGAGGAGUGGUCUCGCCGUUUAUUUUCAUAAAUAUGUUUGCGCUCAUUGCCAGAAGUUCCCGGGGAUCACCAAGUGGAUGGUGAGACCGGAUCCGGGAAGGGUUAGACCGCUGAUCGUCACCAAAAGGGAAUAUCCUCAUCACAGGUGGGAACCUGUUUUCAUUGGGACUCGAGAGGAUCCACUCUAUAAUGAGGAGAUGAGUUGGGAGGGGAGGCAAGACAAAAUGGCCCAGAUGUUGGAGAUGUGCCUGAUGGACUACCGUUUGAUAAUCCUGGAUGGUGCCUUCCUCAUCCACACCCCAGGAAUAAAACGCAAGCCAUCGAGAGUUCGGAAAAAAGAGAGUCAAAAAACCUUGGAACUUACUCAGGAAAAACGUAACGCUCGAAUAUACCAGAGUGUAACCCGAGAAUUGCUCAAGCAGUAUCCUGCUAACCGACGAUGCAGACAAUAGAGGAAAUACGUUCCUACCCCAACGAGGGAAGAAAUCAGAUAAUAAUAAAAGUGUUAUCGUAUUUUUUGAGGGUUGAAGCAACAUGAAUUUACCUAGAUGAUAUAUUUUUCGCUUCUUUCAUGGAUAGAAGAUAACACGUUCCUAUUCCGUCAAUACUUUCACGCGAAUAAAUGUCUUCAAUUAUGCCUUAAUUGCCAUUACGCACAGUGACUAUUGUCCAACUAGAGUAAACAGAGAAAAAAACAAUUACAAAACCAUGAUAAAAAGCUCGAGGAAUUGUUAAAGGGAAUGAAUCAGCAGAAUUACGCUACGACGUUUUGUUUAUUCCUUUUUCCAUUGAUUUUUUUUCGUAUAAUAAUAAUAUAAUAAAAAAUAAUAUUAAUAGAUUAAUAGCGAAUAAUGUAAAAUAACAAAUCUUUUUUUUCUUGUUUUUUUUCCUUCUCGUCUUAAAAAAAAAAAUGGCUACUGCCGCAUGCAGCCUCCUCCCUGCCAGGGCUCCACCCUCAUUGGCAUAACUAUUCCAUCUUAUUUUAACCCUCUCACUCAUACUCGCUAAAAAAAAUUCAGUUUUGCUUGUUAAAAAAAAAAUAAUCUGCUCAAUUGAUACUCCUUCUUCUCGUACCUAUUACCAAUUUUAUCAUGUCCAAAAUUGUUGUUCCCAUUUUGAAGAAUUCGUGACGAUCACACAGUUAAUUUGUCGAUAUUAAUUACAGAAAGAGUCAACACAUGAGUUUUAUUUGAUUUUCUGGUUUUCAUUUAAAUUGAGGAUAACUCUGUUUUAAAUAAUAAUAAAAUGAUGACAUUUUUUUAAAUACUUCUCGCAAGUACUUCUGUGGUUCUGCGUCACAACAACACGAUAAAAUGAAUGAAAACAUGUUAAAUGUUACUGUUUUUACUGUUU